AUGGUGGGCCGGUUAGUUUUUCUUCGUGUUAAUGUUUCCCUAGUUUAUAUUCUGGUAGGGCCAGAAGUCCGUUCAAGUUGCCUUGCAGAAUUCACUGGUUCAUCGGGUAAGCGAUCAAAAGCCGAGCGUGUGGAACACAAACACAGCAAUCCUGGUGAUGAUACGAGAAAAGUCGUGCAAAUUGCGCAAAACGGUGAAGCCAAGAGGCGGGAACAAGCACUUGGCAAAUGA